UCACAAUAAUGUAAGGUGAUCAGACUAGUUGUAUCGUUAAAUGAUUUAUAAAAAUCCAGUUACCAGAUAUUGAGUUACGUACUAGUGAAAAUACAAAGGAAUGUAAUUUAUUUACAAUAUCAGAACACCUAGUUUGAACUGUAAAUUGUUCGAAAUCAUCUAGAGAUGAUCUACUAUAACGAUUCGCUUCUUCGUCGCGUGCGAGGGGUCGUAAGGAAAAAGAUUUAAACGUUGCAUCAAAGAAAUCAAAAUUCUUGUGGGCCAAGUAACAACAUUUUGAACCAUACGUAAAUACAAAUGUGCGUUUCAAUCUGCUUUCUCCAUUGGCACUCGAAUAACGUGCAAAGUACAUUGUCGACGAGAAAAAGAGUUGUUUGAGCAUUUGUGAUAGUGUCGGCCAUAUUGAAGCUGUACACAUGUAAAGUGGUUACUCGUGCGUGUAAGACAAAUCAGAUGCCUAUGCUCCGAACUUUCCUCUCUCAUACUUGCGAGAGGUGAGAAAUCGUCGACUACUGCUUCUUGCACUCAUUGAACGCAUGUAAGUACAUAUUUAAUUUAUAUAGUAUCCAAUAAAAAAAAGAAACACUACACUCCCAGCUAUAUCAUCGAUUGGAUUAAUAGGAUUUAAAAUACCGGUAUGUUUUCGAAAAUAAAAUGAAGGCCCUCCGUGACAUUCGUUCCGUUGCUGACAAAUUUACAAGAAUAGCUUGGUAGGUACGCGUCGACACAAUGAAUGAUGUAAGGCACUGUCUGCGUAACUCUAGCAUUGACUUUCACCAAUUCUUUUAAGGAGACACGCUCGUGGUUGUGUGGGUGUACGGACGUUCGCGUUUGUGUGACAAAGCGCCUACAGUGGGUGAGGUCAUAUACCCAUCGCUGGUACAGGUGGUUCUUACUCCAUUCACGCUGUACAGUCACUCUGUAAAGCAAGCGCUGCACGAGACUGACUUAAGGAAUUCCGAUUUAUUUUGUUACUGUAUUCUACGAUGACCGAUAACACGCUAUUCAGUAAAGUUUCAGUGUCGAUCGUUCUGAUGUUCUUGGUCAAUGUCACUCAUAAUAAUUAUACAAAUAUUGAUCUGCCGUCCGAUCACAUCAAGUAUUACUUCAACUCCUUUCCCACGGUAGCCGAAGACUGCCGCAAUAAUACCGCCUGUCCGUACAAGGACAGUCUCGAUACCAAAGCUUGUUGGGGUUACGAGCCGAAUUGCAAAGCCGAAAAUUCCUUUUCCGUUCCUCAAUGUCCAGGUGAUCAUAAAGGAUGGGUGACAACGAAGAAAGCUCAAUUAGACACGUUUUACGCUCAAGGCGAUUUUGGCUAUGUACGCGAUCAGAGGAAGGAAAUGUCGAUUUUCUGCGAGCCAUUAUUUUUAGAUGAUUCGUCUCUAGAAUGCUCGGAACACAUGAGAUUCUGUAGAGCGAGAAACGUAAUGAUAAAUUUCACUGAUCUGCUCCAAAGAAAGGAACCGAUACGCUACAAAAUGGAUGUAUUAAAGGAAGGCCAAAUCGGUGGAUACUGCACAUUAAAUGAGAAAAGACUGCAAAGCAACGCGGAUCACAUCAGCCCGUUGCAAUCGUGGGGACCAGAAUUACGAAAUUUCCAAAAGUUACCUCGACCGCCGAUCGUUAACGGCGACUGUGAUAUCGUUAUCGAGAAACCGACGUACAUAAUGAAAAUAGAUGCUAUAGUAAACAUGUAUCAUCAUUUUUGCGACUUUUUCAACUUGUACACGUCAUUGCACGUAAACCUCUCGCACCCCGCUGCCUUCAGCACUGACAAUCACAUAAUGAUCUGGGAAAGUUACAGUUACCGUUCUGCGUUUCAAGACACCUUCGAGGCUUUCACAAGAAACCCGCUGUGGGAUUUAAAAACAUUCCGCGGGGAAACUGUCUGCUUCAAGAAUCUUGUGUUCCCGUUAUUGCCGCGCAUGAUCUUUGGUCUUUAUUACAAUACACCUCUCAUUUACGGCUGUGAGAAAAGCGGAUUAUUUAAAGCUUUCAGUGAUCACGUGUUGCACAGACUACACAUACCUCUUCACGAGAGAAAAAACCAAAGGAUACGCGUAACGCUGCUCAGCAGAGACACGCAAUACAGAAAAAUCUUAAACGAAGACGAGUUGGUGGAAGCUCUGAAAGAGAAUAGAGAAUAUAGAGUCAGAAAGGUAGUCUACAAUAAAAAGGUAUCGUUCAAAAAGCAACUAGAGAUUACGAGAAACUCUGAUAUUUUUAUUGGUAUUCAUGGAGCUGGAUUGUCGCAUCUGAUGUUUUUACCGGAUUGGGCAGCCGUGUUCGAAAUAUAUAACUGUGAAGAUCCAGGAUGUUACAAAGAUCUCGCUCGUUUACGCGGUGUAAAAUAUUUCACGUGGAAGAAUACUUCGAAAUUAGUACAACAAGAUCCCGGUACGCACCCUGACGGAGGAGCUCACGCAAAGUUCACGAAUUAUAGUUUCGAUGUUAAAGAAUUCUUGCGCAUAGUUUCACUUGCUAGGGAUCACGUGAAAAAUCAUAACAGUUUUAAAAGAUUCAUUGGUAAACGAGCGCAAACUAAAAGAUCGGAAGUGAAAAACGAAACUAGAACAAGCGACGUUAAAGACGUCGAAACUCCUAAGUCGAAAGUAUCGACCGAAUUGAAGCCUGAUGUUCAACCCAAAGAUGAAUUAUAAUGAAUUUUUAGACAAUCAAUUUCGACAACAACGACAUAUUUUAAUGUUUAAUAGAUUAAUAAUGAAUGUUAUAGUUAAAUCGAACGAAACAAACGACUUGUUACCAAUUAAGCUUUUUACUUAUUUUUAU